AUGGAACUACAAACUGUCUACUACCCCGCAACUCCGACGGGCGCACCUCAAGGCGUGCACAUGGUGAAAGCCGGCGGCCAAUUCGUGCAGCCAUCUGGUGGUGGUGGUACCACUCAGCCUGUCUACUAUGCCUCAGGAGGUCAGGCACAGCACCACCCACAACAGCAAGUACCAACCAUGGCAACAGCUACGCCUUCCACAACAUACUAUUCACCGCAGCCACAGCAGAACUUCUACAUCGCACAGCCAACUCAAUACACGUCCUCCGCUGUCCCAAACAGUCCCCAGGUCUACACAGUGGGUGCCUCACCUCAACCACAGUAUCAGCAACAGCAAUCUCAACCGCAGUAUCAAAACGUGCCGCAGAACCAGCCACAAUCUCAACAACUGUUCUACUCACCAUCGCAGCAAUCACCCUCACGUUUGGUCUACGCCAGCUCUGCCCAGGCUCAACCCUCAGCGACUCAGUAUCAAGCACAGAGCAGCCAAGUACAAUACCAGUCGCCUACCAGCCAGGCUCAGUACUACCCACCCCAACCAGCAUCACCCACACGUAUGGUUCAGUACGCACCUCAGGCUUCCUAUCAGGUACAGCCAUCGCAGGCUAAACCUGCCUACAGUAGCCCGCCGCAACAACAAAUUCAUGUAGCUUCGCUUCAAGUCUCACAGCCACAGGCUCAGCCAGUGAUGCACCAACCUCAGCAGACUGUGUACCAGCCCGCACAGGCUCCCUCAUUAGCCUCACAGCCGCAGAUGAUUAGACUAAGCCAAUCGUCAUCACAACAUCAAAUGCAGAUGCAGCAGCAGCAGAUACAACAGCACCAGUACGCGCAGAACGCGGGACAGCCUAUCGACCGGACCGCUUAUCCGAUGGGGGCAGAAGCCAAUCAGCAGCCCACGGGAUACCAUCCAAUGGGGAGGGCUGCGCCGGUUACUGUGGCCACGCCCCCGCAGCAGCAGCCGCAACAGUACCAACCACCGCAGCAGAGGAGCCUCCUCCAGUCUGUGGCAGCACAGCAGAUCAGGCCCGUACCUCAGUCGUCAACACAGAGACCACCUACGAGUCCUUCGGGCGCUACCCCAAAACUUCGUCAACUUGUACGUCCUUUCACAAACUAG